AUGGUGUUCACUGGAGGGCUGGACACCAAUAGCCUAAGAUGGGUUGGAGAGAGAGUACAGUCUGCUGUCAACAACUUAAGGAAAGGAGGGGGCUUCGAAUUGCCUUCUUCAGCAGUAACCGUGAAUGGUGUCGAAAGCGGGUUUGGUUCAGACGUGGAUGGGAAUUGUGGAAGUAACCGAGUUACAUGUCCUGAAAUUAUAGAAGUUGAAUUGUCUGAUUCAGAUACGAGUACUGAAUUUGCAUUCAGCCAACCGGAAAGGAACAAUGAUGGUGCCCCGAGAUGGCCAUACACUUCGAAUGGUUAUUCUGCUAGUGUUACUUUGCAGGCAAAUAUGGAAACAAGAUCCAAGCAUAAUCAGGUGGUGCGGGAUCGUCUGGCAGCACAGCUGAAGAAGAAUAUUUCUAGUAAUAAUCCCAGAGCUCCUGUUUUGGAGAUUGAGUAUGCUGAUGAGCCAAGUUCACCUCUUAGAGCACAUGACACAAGUCACUCUUCAAAUUGUAUGGUUCCUGCAAACACAAAUGGUUCAAGAAAAGCAGAAAGUGUCUUUUCUGACAGCUCUAUACACUAUGCUUCCAGCAAUGGAAGUUCUAACUCACCAAUCAGGACUUCUGCUGGUGUAAAAGUUCACGGAUCUCCAAUUCGGUCACCUGCUCGUCUACCAGUAUUUCAUGCAAGUGUGCAGGGCACUUGGUGUGCGGUAAUUGCUUAUGAUGCAUGUGUUAGGGUCUGUCUUCAUGCAUGGGCUCAGUCUUAUUGCACUGAAGUUCAAUGUUUCUUGGAGAACGAGUGCGCACUGUUGCGAGAUGCAUUUGGUUUACAGCAUGUAUUAUUACAAUCAGAAGAUGAGCUUUUGGCAGAACGACGACCUUCACAGCUACUCAGUACGUCAGCAGCUCCAAGACAUCUGAAAACUUCUGGCAAAAUAAAAGUGCAAGUUCGUAGAGUGAAAAUGGAUUCAGAUGAACCACCUUCUGGCUGCAGUUUCCCAUCUCCGAAACUACCAAGGAUACCACCUUCUGGCUGCACUCCAAAACUACCAAGGAUUGAUUAUGGCUCUUAUCGUAGACGCUUAUACAGUUUAAGAUCAGAUUUAUCUUCUGGGUUGAAAUCUACAAGGAAACAUUAUCUACAACCUCGUGUUCCUCCAAAUGGUUCCUUUUCUCAUCAAAGCUUAUCUUGCCUAGAGGCUGGAGCGAAACGUAUAAAACAAGGAUCUAGCUUCCUAAAAACAAGGACAAAUACUUUGUGCAACCGUUCUUCAUCGUAUGAAAUAGUGCAAGAAACUUAUUCCUGCUUCUUGAGAUUGACAAGUUCACCUGAAGAGGAUGCAAUACAGAUGCAACCCGGAUCAAGUGAAACCCGCGUGCUGUUUCCACAUAGCAAUGGUGAUGAUUUGAUUAUACAAGUUCAAAAUUCCAAGGGACAACAUUGUGGUCAUGCCUUAGUCAAAGUGACUGCUAUUGCUGAACCAGGUGACAAGAUACGAUGGUGGCCUAUAUAUAGUAGUGAUCUAGACGAUGAACCUGUCGGCAGAAUACAAUUAAGCAUGAAGUAUUCUAGUAGUCCAGAUGAAAAUAAUAAUCUUAAGCAUGGCUCGAUCGCAGAAACUGUUGCAUAUGACUGUGCAUUAGAAGUUGCAAUGAAGGUUCAACAUUUUCAGCAAAGAAAUUUGUUGUUACAUGGCUCAUGGAGGUGGUUAGUGACUGAAUUUGCAUCAUACUACGGAGUAUCCAAGACAUACACCAAUUUAAGAUACCUUUCCUAUGUCAUGGAUGUCGCUACACCUACCAAAGACUGUCUCACCUCAGUACAUGAUUUGCUAUCAGACGUGAAGGCCAAGAGCACAAAUCUGUUAAGUUAUCAAGAGAACUGCAUGCUGGCAAAGAUCGAGGAUCAAGUAAAGAAGACUCUUGCUUCAGUUUUUGAGAACUACAAGUCACUUGAAGAAUCUGCACUGUCAGGGAUGGUGGAUUGUUUUAGGCCCGCCAGUGGAACGGCUGCGCCUGCUUUGGUGCCUGCUGUCCAGCUAUAUGCCUUUCUUUAUGAUAUUUUGAGUCCUGAGGCACAGUUGAAAUUGUGCAAAUUUUUCCAGGUCGCUGCACAAAAGAGGUUAAGAAUGCACUGUGUAGAGAUAGAUGAGCUGGUUCUAACCAGUAACGAGGGAACACAGAGAGACCUUUCUACAUCUUAUCAGAAAAUGAAAUCUCUGAUUUUGGGUCUUAGAAAUGAAAUUCUGACUGACAUAGAAAUCCACAAGCAAGGUAUCCUCCCAAGCUGUAUAGACCUUCCAACAAUUUCUUCAUGCAUAUACAGUUUUAACCUCUGCAAUAGAUUGCGUGCUUUCCUUGUUGCAUGCCCUCCUCGAAGCCUAUCGCUUCCAGUUGCAGAACUUGUUAUUGCAACCGCAGGAUUUCAACAGGAUCUUUCUUUGUGGAACAUCAACCCUGUUAAAGGUGGAGUUGAUGCCAAAGAGCUGUUUCACUCGCAUAUAACCAUGUGGAUUCAGGACAAGCACCGUCAUUUGCUUGACCAGUGCAAGCUAGAUAAGGCAAAAUGGUCUGGUGCCAGAACACAAGACGGUACAACCCCUUUUGUUGAUGAUAUGCACAAUCAGCUGAAGAAAAUGCUCGAUGAAUUUGAAAUCAUCAUUAGUCGGUGGCCAGUAUAUACAUCUGAUUUGGAGAAUGUUGUUGCCGAUGUUGAGAAGGCAAUUGUGGAAGCUUUGGACAAGAACUAUGGUGAUGUUUUAUCCCCGCUGAAGGAUAAUCUGACAAACAAAAUAUUAGGCUUCAAAUACGUCCAUAAAUUAUCCAGACAGGGCGGGAACAUGUAUUCGGUCCCAGAUGAGUUGGGAAUUCUUUUUAACUCCAUGAAGAGGAUGUUAGAUGUCUUGUGGCCCAACAUAGAAACCCGGUUGAUGUCAUGGAGCUCUUGCAGCCCUGAUGGAUAUGCCACAGGAGUACGUCUACAAGACGAAGCUGCGAUGCUCAGGACCAAAUUUAGAAGCUACCGACUAGCAGUUGUGGAGAAACUUGCUGAGAAUACUAGAGUUGAUGGUAAAACAAAGUUAAAGAAAAUUAUUCGAGGCUCGAAGGGCAAGGAAUCAGUUGUCCCAAGUAGAAUGCAGGCUCUAGAGGUUCUUUUGCUAGAGACAGUAGAUCAUCUCCACACUGUUUGUGAUCCUACUGUGUUUGUAGAACUCUGUCGAGAGUUAUGGGACCGGAUGGGACAGGAUGUCCUGCAUCUGUUGGAAGAUAAAAGAAAGAAGGCGGUGUCCCAGUGCAAAUGCUUGCGAGUUGCAGUUUCUAAGUUGGAUGACAUAUUUGCAUCAGAAAUGCAGCGACUGCGUGGAAAUUUAUUGAAAGAAAAAGACCUGGAGCCACCACAAUCUAUGAAGGAAAUACAUUCCAUGUUGUAAGGGUGCUGAAUAUGAUAUGGAGCACCAAACUACAGUCGUUGAAGAAUGGCUGGGAAAUAAUAGAACUAAAGGAUUCAAGUUACAACACAAACCACAAAGUUUUGAACAGCAAGUAUUUGUCAAUUUUGAGUCGUAGUUUACGUAACGCCAUGACCUCCGUGGCGAUUCUUAUUGUCAGAAAGUAUGCCCACAAUAGGCUUGAACAACACAACACUAUCAUAAUUGAAUUGUAAUAGUUUUGUAUGGUUCAUAAUUGUAUUGUGAUAGUUUUUUAUA